AUGAAGCCAGGUAAGAGUGUGGAAGUAAAGGAAGAAAUCGCCGAAGUUCAUACUGCAGCUCGAUCGCCUUCUCCGAAACGUAAAGGACAUGAAAGGCCGAGAAGUAGAUUGGGCUCGCGUAAACUUUCUAAUGGACACGCAUUAGAACCUGAGCCUAAUGAGCCACCUGCAGAAGUAGAAGAGAAACUGAAGUCGUCCGAAAAGACUAAAACGAGAGAAAACUGGAUUAACUCAGAACAAGGGUCCCUUGAUGUUGAAAUUCCUAUUCAUGAUCAAAUUAAAAUGGGAAUAUUAGGUUUUGUGGAGAAGGAAAUUAAGAAAUCUGAUAAGAAUCCAUCUUUUGUUUUUUAUUCACAUGAUCCAAAUGGCUUAGAGGAGAGGUUUAUGAAAACAUUGUCAAGACCAUCAAGUGGGCAUAAAGAAAAGAGAAGUCCGUCUUACAGGAAGAAGAAAAGGCAUUCGUCUCGGCACAGAGAUAGAGAUCUCCAUGAUUUUGAAGUUCCUGGGUCAAGUCUCAGUGCAUUGGAAAAGGUAGAUGACUAUCUAAAAGAGUACAACAAAGAUGAAGUUGUAACACUUAGUGGUGAGCUGGAAAUUGAAGCCAAUGACAUUGAAAAUAAUAAUGGUACUACUAAAGAACUACGACAUAAACCUAGAAAGACAAGACGAAAAAUCAGAGAAGAUAGGCAUGAUGGCAGUCCUAAUAGCAAAGACAUUAGCCCUAAGGUGUUUAAGACAGGAAGCAAAAGUAAAACAGGAACAAAACUAACUCGGCCAACUGAUUUAACUACUAUGCUGGAGAGUCUUGAAUCAAAUGUACCAUAUCAUGACCAGUAUAUUGAUAAUCCCUUCUCUUCACCGUCCCCUGUAACUUCACCGAAUGAUGAAAGAAUGGAUCCAUUCGCCUCUCGCAGAACAGAUAAAAUAUACCUUCAAGGAGGUGGAACAUUCCAUGCUGUUUCAAAAGACAGGAUUUUAGAAUCACAGCACUCAAGGGACGAGAAUAAGUAUUUAAGAUUAGGCGAUUUAACGCCAUUGGAUGUGGCCCUUACGGUGCAAAAGGCCUGGCGCAGUUGUGCGCCCGCCUGUCACGGAGUACUAGGAGGGCUUUCGCUAAUGCAUCUGUUAUUGAUCAGUUAUUCGGACAAUCUUGAUGGUGGCCAUUUAUCUUUCCAUGCAGUUGUCACCAUGCCAUAUGUGGCGACCUAUUACUUCUUCUGCGUUUUAUGUCUGCUCUCCGUGUUGGACAGGCUUGACGUGACGAGUAUAGACUUGAGCCGCGGCCUCCAGCCGUGGUUCCAGCCGAUAGUCCUAGUUAUACUGUACACCGCCUGUCUACUGGUUUGCACCGCGGCCAGGAUGUACGAUGAACUCAUGGUCUAUCAAUAUGCGCCCUUAGUUGCCAAUCUCACUAGCAACGUGACCACGCCAACUAUACCAACGUUUUACCACACGUGGACGCAUUUUUCAAUCUGGCGAGCGGUGCUCUCGAUCCUUGGAUUGGUUUAUUUCAUAAUAUCGAAUCCACCGGACCUCGUGCAUACAAAUCUCAGCAAGCUUUUGCAAUUCAAACAUUCCUUGCAGAGUAUUGGAUGA